UCCAUUCUAAUCACGUGACCGUAAAGGUGACAUUGUCACUGAAAGUCGUCGAUCAAAAUGAAUUUCAACUCUUUUUGUCGACGCCGAACACAGAACACUUUCUGGAAGCAUGUCUAAGGCAGCGUUGAAAGGUCGAGCGCAACUAGUGCGACUGCUCAUUCCUGCGGGCAAGGCAGCUCCCACUCCGCCUGUCGGUCCCGCACUCGGUGCUCGCGGUGUUAAGUCAAUGGACUUUUGCAAGGAAUUCAACGCCAAGACGGCUCAUGUCGAACCUGGUGUACCAAUACCAACAAUGAUCACGGUUCAGCCCGACCGCACCUUCACCUUCGUCACCAAAUCGCCACCCUCCUCAUAUUUUCUCAAAAAAGCCGCCGGUAUAACUAAAGGCGCGGGGAAGCCUGGGCAGGAGACCACCGGAACGAUAAGUCUCAAACACGUGUACGAAAUUGCGAAAAUCAAAGCCUUGGAUGAACAUAUGCAACAUAUCCCAUUGGAGUCGGUGGCGAGGAUGAUAGUGGGGAGUGCACGAUCACUCGGAGUGCAGGUUGUACCAUGAUGAUGCCCGAGACUGUGUGAAGGAAUCGAUGGCGUGUUCCCAUGCCUGUUUUGCGUUUGCAUCAGCUGGGCCCAGAUCCAUGGCUCAUAUCCCGAUACCCGAGUUAGAGUGCGGCGUAAUGAAAUCACCCUUCCUAAUCUGAUGCGAGAUCGUGCGCACUGGCCGACCUCGCCACCUUGCAGCGCCAAAGUUGCUGUUUACGACUUUGUUUCCGUUAGCGGGUUCCUAAGAUUCCUUUUUAGUCCUUCAUAUCACUUGCUUGGACCGGCAAGCUUGGAUGUGGGCUGGGCUGCCUGUGGUUCCGCCGUUGGGAUUCGGGCUGAUAUCACGACUGCAUCGACACGCCUCAGAUGCAUGCAAACUCCUGUGAAUCCCCGGAUGCUGGGCACGCUUCCGAUCGCACGAGCCAGACUGCUGCUUCCCAGCUGCCUAAUCCGUUAAGCCUCGUGGGGUCCGUAGAUCAGAUUCGAACACAACUAUAUGUGCCCAACAAAUGUUUUCUGCGUGUCCUCUUGCUCUGGUCUGGAUGUCAAAGGCAAAUCUCGGGGUCUGCCGCAACAUAUUCCUCUCGCUUCUCGGCGGCUGGUGAUGUUCUUCGACCGUGCUUCGAUCGAAUGGCAUGUCCUGCGCCUUGUAUUUGUCCAGGGCUGACAGCAGGCCCUUCAAAAAUGUUCCUCCCCGCCAUGCUUUAUCUAUCGCCAACACGUUUCCGAUCGGGCCACUGAGCCGUUCUUGCAAGACAUGUAGAUCUCCAAAUCGCACUGGUUCUGCUAUAAAAUGGACUCCAAAACCAUGGGGAGUGGACCCAUCCACUCCUCGUCUCUGCAUACACCCACUCCUCCAGCCCGCCGGUGAUGACUUCUACUUCGAACGAUGUCCUCUCUUGGACCAACCAGGAUCCUCGCGAAAGCAUCCUCUUCAAUUCCUGGGGUGUCAUCUACCGCUUCUCGACCGUGGUCAGCGCGACCGGCCAGAGCGUGACCACUCUCUAUCGCACGAUCCGGCCCAACAAAGAAGACCGGGUCGCGAAGCUCGAAUGGGCGCAGAACGGUGGUCUUGGCCGGGUCGUCAUCGGCAAGGCAAGCCGCCCUGCUACUAGCCUCACUCACCAUUGACACCGCUCUCCAGAACACCCUCCCCAUGGCUGACCUCGUCCGAGCGGAUCCGCGCAUACAAGUGUGUGGUCAUCGUCUACGAUUCCCCAUCCCCGUGUCUGACCUGCCGCAGGACUCGCGAGUGUUUUAUGGGCCGGAUGGACUGCAGUAUCGUUGGCGGCCCAGCUCGAACAACACCGACAUCGUGCUGCAAGACCAUAACGGAGUCAUCGUCGCAUUCUUCAGGCCAAUGCGUCUGACUCGGUACCAAAUCGGGGAUGUGUACGGCGAGCUACAUUUCAUUCGCACCGCGGGAUCUGGGACGGUGACGCAUCCACCGAUCAUGGACAUGGUGACUGUCACCGCGAUGCUCUAUCGGUUUUGCGCAGCGUGGAACUUGCAGUGAAGGAUGAGGGGACCUCGGGCUUGUAUUUUAUUCCAAACACUGUACAUGUAAAUCAGUAAUCUCCAACUCGUGUCAUGAUUAUCC